AAAUAAUACGAACUCACAUGACCUCAAUGUUUGUUCCCGUGAUCUCGUAAUUCAAAAAUUUUGGUGGUGAAUGACCAAUUUUGGUAUUUUCUUCGGAAAAACCGAACAAAAACAUAAAAUAUGGAUAUAUUAGAACAUAAUUUAGAUAGCAGCGGCGAAUCCGAAGUAGUCGGUUUGGUUGACAGCAAAGAUGUUCUAACACAAGAACAACUCACAAUCGUUGAGGAUGGAUCACUAGGAAGUGGUUCAGAGGAGCAUGGUAGUGGAUCCGUUGCACAUUUAGCCACACAACAUUUAUUGGAAGGUGAUUGUCAAGAUGGCGUACAGUAUGCGUUUCGUACCGGUGACAAUACAACCGUUACGUAUCGUGUCGUUCAAGUCGAUGACACCACUAUCGAUCCGCUAUCACAAAUUGUAACAUCAUCGAAUUUUUCGGGGAGUGCGUUACCGCAAGUUGUGACGACACCAAUAAAUGGACAUUUGUAUGUUUUGGGUAAUUCGUCUGAAGUGUUUACGACAAGUUCGCAACGGAAUAUUGCACCGAGAUCGAUACCACACUUAAAUAGUAAUAGCAAUACGAAAAAGAGAGAUGAUCGACGUCGAGCAACACAUAACGAAGUCGAACGUCGUCGCCGUGAUAAAAUCAAUAAUUGGAUAAUAAAAUUAAGUAAAAUAAUACCAGACAUGAGUUCUGAUAUAACAAAAGGUAACGGUACCUUCGAGGGUCAAUCCAAGGGUGGUAUUUUGGCAAAAGCAUGCGAUUAUAUAAUGGAAUUACGGCAACGUAAUCAACAUUUACAGGAAUGUUUAAAAGAAACGGAACACGAACGUGAAUCAUUAAAUGUUGUGGAACAAUUAAAAACGGAAAAUGAUUUAUUGAAAAAAGAAAAUUUAAUGUUACGACAACAGCUACAGAUUAAUGGUAUAUGUGUACCACCGGAUGCAAACGAUCCAUUAUCAUAGCUGCUGCCAUCUCUUAAGGCACAAUCAAGACGUCAUACUAGAGACAACAUUGAUAAAUAUUCAUCUUGGUUCAUGUUCAGGAUGGCAUGUUUCAAAACAUAAGGGUAUCAUACGACUGUUGGAAGUUGUAUUUUUAUAUUCAAGGUGCUUUUUUUAAGGUGAUAUACGCUUGAAACUCGAAAAAAUAAUUUUUAUCGAUACAAAUUCUUUAAGCGAAAAUUAUUGAGAGUGUAGGCGCACAUCUUACGCAGACAUUAAACUUGACCUAGGUUUCCAAGCUCAAUGAAAAGCUUAGUCUACUCCAUAACUGUGUAAACGAUGGAUGAACACUUUAAAUUAGAAAGUUGUUAUUAAUUAAUAAGUGAAAUUUUUCGAGUACGGAACCCUAAACUAACAAAGAACACUCUCCAUUAAAUUACCUUUCAAACGAAAUCAUUAAAAUAAAAAUUGAAUUUGGAAACUUGGAUCGAAUUCGAUGUCGGUAUAAGAAGUUUGUCUUUGAAACUAACGUUUUUCGUUUGAAGCAAUUUCCUCCAUUAAAUUUAUUUAUCGAAUUUCAAGUAUAUGUCAAGUUAAAAAUGAUGACACCCUGUAUAUUUGUUAUUCCAUACGCAUCUGCAUCAGUGAGGAAUGUUUCACAUAUUCUCUACUUCGUAAA